AUGAAUGAGAGAACAAUUGUGGAGAAGUUUAGAGGCCGGGGCGGUAUUAUACAAUCGGGCAACGAUGUAAAAAGCGAAGGGGUUUCAGAGACAGGGAGGCGUGUGCGGACCGUUAAAGAGACGAGUGAAGGGUGGACCGGCGUCAGUCUCCCUGAGCACGAGCUGCGAAGCGGGACGGGUGCGGCAGAAAGCGGCAGCGGCGGCAAAGGCGGUGAAUCUGCGGUGCUGCACAUGGAGACCGUGUCGAGACAAAGAGAGUUGGGUCAGGAAUCGGUGCAGCUGCGGGCGCUGAACGAGCGCCUGGAGUGUUACCUGCAGAGGGUGGCGGUACUGGAGAAAGAGAAUUCCACUCUGCGCGACCACAUCCAGGCUCUGAAGCCCGGCCCAGAUGGAGGGAGGCGGAAGGAGCUGGAGGCGGAGCUGGAGGCCUUGAGGCAGGAACUUUCCGAGGGAUUGAGGGAGACCGACCGCGCGGCUCUUCAGCGGGACGCUCUGCUGGAGGAGGUACGCCUGGUGGCGGAGAGAUGUUGCGGGGAGGCGCGCCUCCGCACUUCAGCCGAGAAGGAGCUUGCCGAGAGAAGGAGGUGGUUGGAGGAGGAGCAGCGGGGGCGGAAGGGACUGGAGGGGAAAGUCCGGAUGUUUCAGGACGAGCUGGGGCACCUGGAGGAAGUCCAGCGUGAGGAGAGGAAUGUCCUUCUCCAAGAAACAGCCAGAAGUUCGCUGCGUUGCCCCACCGCUCCCGUGGCAGCGAUCUCCCCUCCGGACCUUCGGCUUUGCCUGGGCGAGGUCGACCUGAAAUGGACGGAGGCGAGGGACUUGUACCGCGACGAGUUGACCCGGCUAGAGCGCGUGGUGUCCGAGGCUGGCCUGAGGCAGGAGGCGGCCCGGGAGGAGACGAGGCUCAACCGGCACCGGCUGCAAGGUCUGCGCGGGGAGCUGGAGGCACUGCGGGAGAAGAGGCGGCAGCUGGAGGAGAGGCUGAGGCAGCAGAACAGAGCGAGCGAGCAGGACACGCAGCGACUCCAGGUUAGGCGCUUGGAGCUUGGCGGGGCAAGGGAGCGCGAAACGACGACGGUUCAGUUAGCGGCGCUGGAGGGUUCACUCCGGUCUCCGAGACCGGAGGCGGGGUGUGUGGGGGGGAGUGGAAGAGGGAGAGUUCGCAACGGCGAACGACACCCGAGAGGAUGA